GAAAGAAUUGGUUCGUUCAUUUUGGGACAGCACUAGAUAGCACUGCCUGUCUAAACACCAGUUAACCACAACCGACUCGACCUAAAGGUUUGGAGGGGGUUUGCUUGAUGGGGUCCAAGCAGGCGACAAAGUGAUGGUCUAAGGACUGGCAGUCACAGAGGUGCUUGCGCGUGGAAUGUUGCGCUGGUCGGUGCACCUAGAAGGAGGGCCGCGGAGAGUCAACCAUGCUGCUGUGGCCGUGGGGCACAAGGUUUACUCUUUUGGAGGCUACUGCUCUGGGGAGGACUACGAGACGCUCCGUCAGAUUGACGUGCAUGUAUUCAACACAGUGUCUUUGCGCUGGAUGAAGCUGCCUCCAGUGAGGACAGGAGGACAUGAGCGUGCCUGUGAAGUGCCGUAUAUGCGUUAUGGCCACACAGCUGUGCUGCUGGAUGAUAUUAUCUACCUCUGGGGUGGGCGUAACGACACAGAGGGGGCCUGCAAUGUGCUUUAUGCCUUCGAUGUCAACACCCACAGAUGGUUCACACCCAAGAUUUCGGGGACUGUUCCAGGGGCAAGGGACGGCCACUCAGCCUGCGUCCUGGGGAAAGCAAUGUAUAUAUUUGGAGGAUAUGAACAGCUGGCUGACUGCUUCUCCAAUGACAUCCACAAGCUGGACACCACCACCAUGGUUUGGUCAUUAAUUAAUGCCAGAGGCACUCCGGCGCGCUGGAGAGACUUCCACUCAGCCACCAUCAUCGGGACAAAGAUGUUUGUGUUUGGAGGGCGAGCCGACCGCUUCGGCCCCUUCCACUCUAACAACGAAAUCUAUUGCAACAAGAUCAAAGUGUUCGACACAGAGACAAACUGCUGGCUGAGUACACCUUCGACACAACCGUUGCCAGAGGGACGCAGGAGUCAUUCAGCCUUUUCCUACAAUGGAGAGCUGUACAUAUUUGGAGGAUACAAUGCCCGCCUGGACCGGCACUUCAACGACCUCUGGAAAUUCAAUCCAGAAGCCUUUUCGUGGAAUAAGGUAGAGCCGAAGGGGAAAGGCCCAUGCCCGCGGAGACGGCAGUGCUGUUGUAUGGUUGGAGAUCGAAUCAUCCUCUUUGGAGGAACGAGUCCCUGUCCGGAGCAAGGAAUGGGAGAUGAAUUUAACCUCAUGGAUCAUUCAGACCUGUAUAUCUUAGACUUCAGCCCUAAUUUGAAGACGUUAUGCAAAAUAGCUGUUAUUCAGUACAGUCUGGAGCAGUCAGGACUCCCACAUGAUAUCAGGUGGGAAUUGGCAGCCAUGACCACCAACAGCAACAUCAGCAGGCCCAUCUUCUCCUCCCAUGGCUGAUGCUGCUGAAUGUGAAGCAGAACACAGCUGUUUCAGGACACUGGGCUUUUAUCUUUCUAAUCAACUGAGCUCUGAGGGACUGUUUUGUAGAGUUUGGAUCUGUAUUGGAUUUAUUUUCCACUUUCUUCAAGUGAAAACUCAUUACUGACCAAAAUAUCCUGCCUGUGACUUCCUCAGACACCAUGAGCUCUCUCAAGUCCGUGGAUAUUUUAACCCUUGAAGACAGUGGUUAUGUGCUACAGAAAUCAUUGAGACCUGUUCACCCUUUUCUCUUCUUACUAGCCUCUCUAGAAAUCCAAUCAGCCUAUGAUAAUCAUAGACUUCAAACCUUAAGCACAGGAAGAGACGAGAACUUCAGCCAAAGGUCUUGAGAGCCAACCUCUCUGGUGAGGAUUUCAUCCUGAUGUCACACUAAACAGAUCUCCCUGAAGAAACAAACGUGAACCGUCUGUUCUGUAGAAAUAAAGAACCCCCUUUCACACAGCCUGUUCAAGGCGGGAACUUUGCGCCUUUAUUCUGCCUUGCCGUUAUGUAUAGAAGGUAUGAACACAGAAUGGAGGGGGCAUUGUUGUUCCGCUUUUAAGCCGACAGCAUCCGUGGAAAGGGGAGAGCCGGUGUGGCGGGACAGACGCCGAUGCUGUUAACUUAUAUGUCACUUCUCUGAUUCAGAAGCGCCGGCAUGUUAUCUGAAAUCACACACUAGGGCGGCAUUAUGUCGACUUUGUUUGGUUCAGUGUAAACAAACAAAGGCAACAUAAUGAGGUGUGUUCUUAACUGCAGUGCAACAGGAUCUCUGUGUAAAAGGGGCGAGAGACUGGGGUGGUCAUGAGUUUGUAAAUCUUGCAAUUUUAACUUGGUCCGGAAACCAUGUAAAACUACCAUGUCCAUUUGCGGCAAAUGAAGUUAUUGUACACAGUAUACAGAGAAGGCUAACUUAACUGUCUUGGUGUUAAAUGAGACGGAACAUUUGCUACCACAAUGUUGGGGUAUAACGCUUGUGAAAGGUUCUGUUUGACCAGUUUUCAAUGCUUAGCUUUUCCCCCUACUUCAUCAUAACUCAGCUGGCACCCCACUGCUCUUAAAGUGUCUCAAAGGUGACUUGCAGCGCGGCUGAGGCAAACUCUCUGCCUUGUAAAAUAAUCGAGUCCAUCUACCUCCCUCAGUAGCAUUGAGUCUUUAAUCAGACUUCCCACACAUGAGACAUCGACCCCCUACCCCCCAGAAAAAAAGCCUUUUCACUGGGAAGUUUGCAUUUGUGGUUGUCUGUUGUAUUCUUCCAAGAAAUGUCAGUGUCACUGGAAGAGUGCAACUCAUCUGCCACCCAACCCCCAACCCCCAACCCCCAACCCUGUAGUUUGUUUUUCAGUGCCAAAUGUGGAGGGGAAUCAUGAUGCAAAUAUAUACUGUGUAUGUGUAUAAGCAAGUGGUCCCGUCUACACACACAGUAAUCCCAGCCCACCUCCUUCAGUUUGCCUGUUGUUGUCGGGGAGCUCAUCACUGAUAUGCAUAAUGUAGUUGUUCCUCUUAUAGACAAUCCGACAGCGUUCAGAGACUCUCCUCGUGAGCUGCGUCUUCAGAGUACGGGGAAAAAAACCAGGAAGGUGUGCACAUGUGUUUGUGUACAACUACGAGCAAAGCCACACCUGAGCAGAUGUUGUUAAUGCAUAAGGGCUGUUAUUAGAUUACACACUCACCACACAGCUUGAAAAUAAUUUGGAGUAGCUCAAAUUGGGGAUGUUUAUUCAGGUUGUAUUUUUUUUUUUAUUAAAUAACUAAUUGCAAAUUUUAGAACAAAACUUUGAAAACUUUUUUUUAAAAGAUUUUAUCUCCAUCCACUUUAAUUAAAGGAUAAGGUUGAUGAUAUUCUAUGUUUUUGAUGUUGUUGACAACAGCAGCUACAACAGUGGGGCACUGAGAUUUUUUUAACACUUGUUACUCAAACAGGAGUAAAGAGGAUUUGUUGGGGACUCUUUUGAAGUCACUGAUUUGGUGCACGGUGUAUCCAGGAUUGAUUCAAACUCAUUUCUUCAUUGUUAUGAAGAAACGUGACCCAGUACAACUCUGUGACUCAUUUAUUGGUUUUUAAUAGUUUUUGUAUAUCAUUGAAAUUUUAUACCGGGUGAGAUGUAUCAGGCAAACCUUGUUAUACCAGUUAAUCAUUGGUUUUAAUCUUUGCUGACAAUAAGAAAAUAUAGAAUAUCAUCAGACUUAUCCUUUCAAUCUUAUAAAUAAGGUUAAUGAGUAAUACGACAUGAUGUAGAAAUGAAUGACUUGGUCAGGAUGGAUACCCAGGCAGAAGAGAUGUUAUUAAUACUGCCUGUUUAUUUUAACAUUUUCAUCAUGGGUGUUAGUUGUAUCUGGUCCUGAACAGUACAAAGUCCUAAACUUUGCAAAACUAAGAUGUGAAUAGGAACUGUGUUACCACACACUUGUGAGCUGCAUCAAUGCUCUUCAGUCCUGGUCUUUGGGACAGUGUGUGCUGUGGUUUUCUGUCCUGGCAGAUGGUUAAAUUGAAUCUGUAUCAGUCAGUCCCUGAUUGGCCUGUUAGAAUUAAGCCCAGCAGGACUCCUUGCCCUGAACAUCAGGACUGAAUAACACUGACCUACAUCAUUAAUGUUUACAAAUCUAUGUAUUUCAUGUAAAGCAGUGUAAAACAAUCUUAAAUGCAGGUUGAAGUCGCCAGAUAACUGCACUAAAGCCAAAUGUGGCAUGUCAGGCCUUACAGACAGGAGACAUGUUGAUGCUGCUUUUUGCCUAAGUACUCCAGAGUUUGAGACAUUUGCCUGCCCAAACCAAGUCUGAGUUUUAUUUACAGACCGGUGGUGCCAAUGUGACUCAGCGAGUCUUAUGCCCUCUGCACUGCACAUGCACAUGGACAUAUCACACACUUGAAAUUCCUCAGUACCCCAGUUACUUGGACUAUACAGCAGGUAAUGCAGUGAAACCACAGGGAAGCUAAUCGUGUGUCCACUCACACAUAUAAAAAAAACAAAACAAAAAAAAACCCAACUUCUGGUGAACAAAUCAAACUGUUAAUGUGACACCAAAUGGCCGUCGGCAAAACUGAUGAUAUUUGUUUAAUUCUUUUUUUCUAAUGUGUGGUGUGGGAGUCAUUUUUAUUUCAGGAUUUUGGUCUUUUUCUUGUUGCUUGAAGAUUAUGGGUGAUGGUAUUUUAAGUCAAGACCUUUUCAGGAAUCUGAUAUGAAGUUAAUAUUAAGGAAAUGACAAUGUAGACACUAUGGUCAAAAAUAAAAUACCUGCACAAACAAAUUUCCUCAGUGAUGGUCACUCACUUACUUCCAGUAAGGCAGUGCUUAUGACAAGACGGUGAUUUUUGCCUAAAUAUAUUGGCAUUGCAUUUUUAAUGGCAGUGAUGUAAAACCCUGUUAACACGUAUUUUCUGAGGCUCCUCUGUUGGUUCUCAUUUAACUUUGUGAGAAGGCUUAAGCAAGUAGUUGAUCAAAUGUCGCAGGGUGACUUCUGCUUUACCAAAAUAAGUGCAUCAGUAGAUAACGGCGCACAUUCAUGAUGAAGUUAUUCAGGAUGAGCAGUAAUUAUUUGCCAAGCAGAGGUAUGUGACUCAACUGAUCUCAUGCCAAGAAGUGUUUAGGGCUUACAAUAUGUUGUUGAAUAAUACAUAAACAACAAAGAAUUCUUAGAUAAAAAAAAAAUCUGAACAAAGUAUGGAGUGUAUUUUGAUUCAUUUUACAACUUUGCAGGCUCCUUAUGCUUAUUGUUAUUGUUUUAUAUUUUACACAUUUUUUUGAGGGGAUUCUAUCUGUCAAGGUUGGUCAGGACUUCCUGUGCAAUAUGCUUUAUAAAUGUAUCAAUAAUAAAAAGAGACAAUUUGA